AUGCCGGACGUGAAAGGGAAAGGCAAGGGCAAGGGCAAAAGCGUGCGCAUCGGGGGGACGCAGUUUGCAUACGACCCGGACCAAGAUCCAGAGGAAAAGCGCCAGGUGCGGCGGAAUUACCGCGCGCUAAACCAGGACUACGAAGGGGGAAUCAACCCGAAGGAUGUUACGACAGAGCAACUUAUGUCGAAAGUACAGCAGGCCGACACCCUUUUCGAGAAAGGUAAAGCACCGCAAGAAGCGACGCUAGACUCGAUGUUGCUCGUGCGGAUGUCGAACAUGGGCGCACACAAGGCGCGCGCCAUGAAGUCGUCCGCGGGCGCGUUUGACGUCGACGACUUCGUAGCCAAACUCGUCUCCUUCAUGGGCGGCAAGCGGCAGCUGCUGAGGGCUGCAGAUGGCGAGGAUGACGCCGAGAUUGAGACAGACGACGUGCCGCUCGAGUGGGAGAAGAUAGGCCGGCGCGCGCUCGCGAAGAGCCGACGGGUGCCGGUCAUCGACUUCAUGUUGGGGCCCCUGAGCCUCGAGCAGAAGAAGCGCGCGCACACGCAGCGGAUCAAGCUUGAGAAGAACAAAGCCGACGAGCGCAAGCCUCAGGAGAUCCGCGAAGAGGAUAUCCAGAGGUCCGACAACGAGACCAGCAAGAACGUGGCCCAGCUCGAAAACCUUCUAAAUGAGAUAGGCGACCCCGUCAACCUAUUCCGGUUCUUCAUCAACCCGAACGACUUCGGCCAGUCCGUCGAAAACCUGUUCCACCUCUCCUUCCUCAUCCGUGAUGGCAAGUGCGCGCUCGAGACAGACGAAAGCACGGGAGAACCGAUGAUAUUCGCGUGCGAGCCGCCGACAGCCGAUGACUACAAUGACGGCCUGAAGAAGAACCAGAUCGUGUUCGAGUUCGACAUGCCGACGUGGGAGCGGGCCAUUGAGGCGUUCAACAUCCAACAACCUAUCAUCCCACAUCGCAUGGUAUCCGAAACGACUUUCGGGAAUACAGGCUGGCACGGUUGA